AUGACAGUAAAGAAAUCAGAUGCCAUAUCCUUUGCCAUCCGGGUGAAACCGGAGCGGGUUAUUUCUUGUCAGCCAGUAACAGAAAGUAUCCGUGACACAAGACAGACUAAUUUCGAAGAGUGUUGUCCUUGUUCAAGAGACGAUGGCUCAGAUUUUCGAGACCCGGACAUGUCACCCAAUUCUCCAAUGGGCUCGUUUAAUCAAGAAGCGGACGAUUGCCCUUGUCGGUUUUCGGAGAUUGAUUCACAAGUAUCACCGUCGAUCUUUCGACCGUUUAUAUUAAGAAAUUCCCAACCUUCGGAAAGAGAACAACAAUUAAAGCAAAAACCGCUUCUUCAACCUGAAGUAGGGCUUGCAUCUUCUGUAUUGGAGACUAUACAGAAAGCAACAGACGAAGAAUAUAAAGAAGCUUUAGAAAGAGAAGCUUCUAGAAGUCUAGUUGAAAUAGAAUCAGGAUAUCACGAUUCUGAACCGGCAAAAUUAGCAGCAAUUAAUACUAAUUCACCAUUGGAUCCAUUGUUCGAUAAUGCAAGUCCAGUUUUAAAAAAUAUUAUGAAAUUAAAAGACGUAGAGCUUCUACCACCAAAAGAGUUAUUUGGUAAACAUCUGAGUGAAGACAAGUUGAAGCUGUCAGAUUUAAAUGUCGCUGCCUCAGAAAAUGACGUAAAAGUAUCUGAUGUUAAUGAAAAUAAAAAUGAGAACGAUGUUGAGUUAGAUACAAGAAAAGUCAGUGAUUCAGAAGAAAAUGUAUUAGAUCAGACUGAGAGUGAAGAAGAAUCUACGACGGACGUAAUAAUUAACCACUCUCAUGGUAUACAAACGUGCCCAGAGAAAGGAAAUAGCCUUACAACAUCAAAAGAUGCUCUAAUUGAAGAAAUGCAGCGACGUUUGGAUGACUGUUUGAAAUCGGCAAGAAAAGCACAAGUCGAUGUUUAUAAAAUCGACCCGAACGAUACCGCAGAACACUUUGAAUAUGACAGCAAAGAAGCAGAUAAUGAAAGUGAAAUGGAAGAUUCAAUUGCGGAAACGAGCCAUAAUGUGAAUGAGCAGAUAUCUCAGGAAGAAGUUGAUAAUCGCAGAGAUGAAAUAGAUUCCUCGAAUUUACAAAAAAAUUUAAAUUCAGAAGGUGACCAGAAUAUGGCAGUAACUGUAACUACUCAACCAAAAAAUGAAAAAGAUGUAACUAUUCAGGAUUUACAAAAUCUAUCAGAUUCUCUUUUACAACAGGAACAGGAAAAUAAUAUAAAAGAUAUCAGAAUACCCACGCCUAUCGAAAACGAAACAAUAUUUGAGGAGAACAAUGAAAAUAAGGAUUCUUCAAUUGAUAGUACAAAUGAAGAUAAAAGUGCGUCUUCAGAAUUGGAUCCUACAGAUACAGAAAUAGACGAAAACCAAGCAUCAUUAGAAGAUGAUGAUGACCCAAUUAGCAACGAAUCAAGUUUAGAUGAAAAACAAGAAAACGACAAUUCAGAAAGUUCCAAAUAUAUAAACUUCCAAAUAGGUGAUACAAAAGACAAUGAUAAUUUCGUACAUGAUAGUGAUACGACACUUCCAAAAGAUUCUGAAACAAAUGAGAUGUCAUCCCAAGCAAGUAACUCCAAAUAUAACACCAUUAUUGCACCGUUAAAUGAUAAUUUAAAAGGUCCUACAUUGCAAGACACUUUUAGUUUAUUUAAAACACCGUUACAAAUACCUAGUCUUGAAGAAAUAAAACAGGGUAUUACUGAUAUUAUAGAUGCAGGUCAAAAAGAAUCUGAAGAUUUUCAGCAAACGGAUUUCGAUCCAUUGAAUGAGAGUUCCAAUCGUAAUUCAGUACUUUCCAAUCCUUUAGAAAUAAAUUUCGCGAAAUCUAAUUAUUUAGGGAAACCUCUCACUGAUAGAUAUAUUAGACCUUUUCAAAAUGCGCGUAAUAAUAUUGCAGAAUAUAAAAGUAUAGUAGAUACUUCGUCUUUAAAGCCUUUGAUAACGGAACCAUUUGAUCAUCCAUCAAUGUUACGUGGCUAUCCAUCAUCAUUAGCUUCCGAUAGAUCGAAUUUUGCAGGAAACAAAAACUUAAAAGCAUCAUCAGAUGCGACCAGAAUUUCUUCUCUAGAUGAUAUUACGCGUUUCUUCCAAAAUCAGAACCUUCUGAAACCGACAAAUAUUAACCUUCCAAAAACUAAUUUGCUUAAAAGCCCAUCUUUUCAUCCUCAAAGAAUAAAUUCGUUAGCAGAUGAUUUAAAAUACAGAUUAGAUUCACUGAAACCAGAUUUCAAACAAGCAAAUCAUGGUAAUCAGUUAUUAGGUAAGCCAAGAUCAGAAAAGGACGACUUAUUACUAACAAUGUCAAAAAAACAUGAAGAUAUGAAGCAAAAAUUACAAGCUUUACAUUUCGAUUUUAAUGAUAGAUUAGCAUCAAUGUACAAAAGACUUAACGAUCAGAAAAAAAUACAAUCCGUUAAUAUUCCGACAUUUAAGACAAAAGACAAUAGUCUAGGAUUACCAAAAACUGCAUCAAAUAAAGAAAGAGGUGGUCAAAAUUUAAAUUCCAACAGUUUGGCCAAGUUAGAUAACAGUUUUCUUUCACAACCUCAAUUAUUACAAGAUCAUACGUCUAUGAAGAAAAAAUUUACACCGAAACCCAAGUCCAUAUACAAAGUAAAAGCAAGUACAGGACCAUUAAAAGAAAGAGAAAAUGGACAUAUUAAAUAUCCAAACCUCUCCGAAAACCAUAAACUUAAUAUGAAUAAGCAAAAAACUUUCACGCCUGUAAGUAAAGUUAAAAUAUCGUUUAACACUACACCUAAACCUUUUUCAUCUUCUAGUUCAAAUUUACAGAAAAGCCAAGAUCCUAUAAAGAUUCCUUCAAGAUUAUCAGAGAGUGAAAGAACUGCUGAUUUAAAUUCAAACUUGAAAGAUAUUUCAAAAGCAUUUCGAUCUAGAUUUCAACAAUUUAUUGAUUUAAAUCAUUCGCCAAGUGAAUUGAUAGAAACAAAGCAAUUAAAUGAAGAUUUAUCAAAUACUGAACCAAGAAUAAAUUCUAAACAAGCAAAUUCUGACUUUGCUCAAAAUUUGAAACAAAUGCAAGACACAAAAAAGACGGAAAGUCCAUUAAUAUCAAAUUUAAGAGAAGCCCUAAAGGCUAGAUUACAAAACAUUACAAAUACACAUGCAAAACCCUUUAGAAAUCCAGUUGAAUCGACGAAUCUAAGAGAAGACGAUGCGGUGGUGUUGCCAUCUAAUGUGAAAACUAGUGUACUAAGUAAUCCAUUAUUAGAAAACAAGUCAUACAAAUGCACUAUGAUAUGUUCAAAGGAUAAAUAA